UCCGUCUGUUAUCUGCACUUAGGCGCCAGGGGACCUGCACGCCGUCCAUCGGAACGGGCUGUUCUGGGACACCGGCCGCUUGCUGUUAGUGGAGUUAGACUUCGUUUGCGGAGCCACAGUGGCGAACAACUACUCACAUCUGGCCGGCAACCGCGGGCGCCGCACGGCUUGGAUGAGCGAGUCAGCUGCGCGUUUAUCCUCAGCAUAUGUGACAGCUGUAACAUUGUCACUCUGCAAGGUACAUAUUAAACAAUGUUUGAUAAUUCGCAAUAUCCGUACAAUUGUUUCAAUUACGAUGGUGACGGCUAUCCUACCUGUAGUACUGAUGAAGAGAAAAAAAUGUGCCGACCAGCCUACAGUUAUAUUGCACUUAUAGCAAUGGCCAUUCAGCAGAGUCCGGAUAACAGAGUCACCCUGUCCGGGAUAUACGAGUUCAUCAUGAAGAGAUUUCCCUACUAUCGCUCCAACCAGAGAGCUUGGCAGAACUCAAUACGACACAACCUCUCUCUCAACAGCUGCUUCAUAAAGGUUCCCAGGACCGAGGGCAAUGAUAAGGGGAAAGGAAAUUACUGGACAUUUGCUACAGGCUGUGAGUCUAUGCUGGACCUUUUUGAGAACGGUAACUUCCGCCGACGUCGCCGCAGACGCAACAUCAAGGUGGGCUUUCGGGAGCCGGCCGAACCCUUCCUGCCCCUGGACGGCCCCCAGGACGGCACCCUGAGGCAGCUGGACUCCAGUCCUUUUUGUCCCAUGGACCCCAGCAACAGACAACCCCGGCUCAACCCCCCUCCUCUGGGAAAACCCGAAUCCGAAAUCAAGUUCAGCAUCGACUACAUCCUGUCCACUCCGGACCCCCUGCCUGGCUUCCGCCCCCCGCCAUGUGGGGCCACGGGGCCCCCCGUUCACCUUCUGGAGCCCCAGCACCUCAAUCUUCAAUUUUGGACAAUGUGACCAUCUAACAAUAGACAGUUAAUGGCAGUAAGUAGACUUAUGAGUCUACUUACUACUUACCCCCCCCCCCCCAAACAAUAUGUUUCCUGAAUGGCGAUUCCCUCGGCGGCAUGAAUGACAUUUGCAUUCUCAUGCAAGACAAUGCUAAUAGUUACACUACAGCAGGCAUGUUUGCCAUCAUCGCCUCCAUAGCUUCUAUCCUCUGUACAUGUACUUCAAUUCAGAUCAAUCAGUUGUGUCUCGUAAAGCCAUUCGCUUGCUGCUGACUCUGUGAACCCUGGAGAGAUGAAUAGUUUCAACCAUCAGAAGCUGCUUCACACGAAAAAGAAAGUUUUAUUUGACGACAAAGCUGCGUUACCUUGCAAGCACAAGUAUGGAAGACCGGGAACUUCAGGCUCAUCCCACAAACUCAAGUCAAGAAGACAUGCUGUCCGAUAUGCCUGUGUAAUUGUCUUGUUUACUGCUUACAGGCAGGAAUACAGUGCUGUGUAUUAAAGCCUAAACAGACAUAUGCCACAAAUGAGAAAAAUAAAAACAUCCAUGGUGCAAUCACACCCUGCAUGUACAGUUCAUACCCAGUGAAGGUGUAGAUGGCAUGGUUACAGACAGGAACAAUAUCUUUACACUCACACGGAACCAUACCACACAGGUUCGGGUGACACUGUGUUUAAUGGGUGAAUUUAUGUACAUGGAUACCUUUGUAAACUUCAAGAGUAGAAGAAUCCAGCAACGUAGCUGAAGCUGGAAGCUCUGCUUGGAACACCACAGGAACACAGCACCAGCGGGAGAAACUGAGGCAUGACUGGGUGCACAAGUCAUAAACUUGAGGUGAAGGUUCAAUGAUAGGAGGAGGAAAAAUACACAUGGAAGCAAAGCUCUGUUAGCAUGGAAGGCUCAGGGUUAGCUGAGCGCUGCAUGGCAUUUGGGGAGCUGGAAACAGCAUUUUUUUGUCAUACUGCUGAGUAUUAUGAAGUAUUAUAUUAGCAUUAAAUCCAAAAUGUGGUGUGAUGUAUUUGAAUAUUAAAAAAAGUAUAAUAAUAUGUGAAGUGUUAAAAGAAAAUGCUAUAACUAAUUAUUUGUUUCAAUUUUUCUUUUUUCAUUGCAAUGAAAUUGCCCUUGUAAAUGUGAUAGAAUAUAUAAAAAAACAUACAAAUCCUAACGCCAUACAUAAGCCGUAUUCUGUGUGGGGAGUUUGCAUGUCCUCCAUGCAUGCAAGGUUUCUACUU